CUGUGCCGUUGCGCCGUGGAGACAGUUGGUGGAGGAGAGGAGGGGAAAGUGUCUGAUCUGGGGUCUGCUUUCAGAGAGACGCAUCACAUCCAUCCAUCUGUCUGUAGAAGGAAAGAGACGCGCUCAGGCUACUUUCCAAUGAGCAGACAGACUUAAAGACAAGUGUUGGGGCUGGAUCAAGGCGGGCGGCAGGAGCUCCUCUGACUGCGUCUCUCCUCCUUGGAUGUAUCAGAGAGGAGGGGAGGCUUUCUCAUCUGAGCCCCUCCGGACAUGAGCCACACGGCGGAUAUGAAGGAAGGUGACGGAAAGUGAUUGAAGAGGAUAAAAUGAUGGCUGCUUUCCUCUCUUCUCUCGUUUUAUUCUUUUCUUUCAGGAGGGCUGAUCUGUAAGGUGACACCCGAGCUUUAUAAAGCAGCUUUUAAAUUGUCUUCAUCCUCCUGCUUCACCUCAGCUGGUGAUCCUGGUUAUUUAAUCAAAGUUGAAAGUUAUUAUCAUGGGAUGUCUCCUGACUUAUAGUCAAUUUUAAACCACUUUUUAAAAAGAAAUUCCUUUUCUGAUCUAAUUUGGUACACCUGAGACUUGAUCAUGGCCAUCAACACGGACACCGACUUCCUACAGUCCAACUUGAGUGAGGGUGGAGGAGGCGCACAGCCCGCGGACCCCCACGAGACGGAGAAACUCCUGGCUCUGACCACCGAGCCCGGAGGCAACGGGAUGAAGAUGUCCACCUCCUUCACGGUCAACAUGGACAGCGACAAGGGCCUGGAGGCCGACCAGAACGGCCACAGCGUCGCCGUCAGGUCGGGCUCCGCCGGGCAGCUGACCGCCGCCGCCCCCCUCUCCCCAUCCAAGGCCAGCCUGAGCCGCUCCUCCACCGGGAACGCUACAGUCCAGGAGACCCCGAAGCCCAGGGAUUACCUCAUCCUCGUCAUCAUGUCCUGCUUCUGCCCCGUCUGGCCCGUCAGCAUUGUCGCACUGGUGUACUCCAUCAUGUCCAGAAACAGUCUCCAGGUGGGGGACAUCGACGGGGCCAGGAGGCUGGGUCGACUGGCACGUCUGCUCAGUAUCGUCGCCAUCGUCCUUGGCGUUGUCAUCAUCGUAGCCUAUGGCUCAUUUGCAGCUGUAAACCAUUGACAUGGAGGACCCGAGGGGAAGAAAUGAACCAUGAAAGCCGAACCACGGAUGCAACAAGGGGGGGAAAAGCUCAUUCCAAAACAAACAACAACAAAAAAAAAAAACAA